AAAAUUAGCUGCGUUACGCGAACAGCAUGCAGAGUUCAUCGCCUCUCAAAAACGUGACGCUGAAGAAACAAUUCGACUAUUAAUGCCUUCGAUUGCACGUAAAAUAGAAAUAGAGAGAGCAAAAGAUGGUCUUGUAAUUUUGGAAGCUUUUUACGGUAACUUUAAACCGACAAUAAGUGGCGCUUCCGUACUAGACGAUCAAUCCGUUGUUGAUGUAACCAUACCAGUGCAGGCUUUAGUGAAUGAUUCACAACUGACAAUUCCGGGUGGUCGUUCGAAGCUCCGAUAG